AUGUUUGGCCGCCUGCUGCUUGGGGCCCUGGUGCUGGGGCUCAUCCCUGCUGGCAGCACCCGUACCCCCAGCAUCUACGACGAGCCCUUGGAGGAUGGGAGUGCCGGCGGGACGACUGGCCACCCAGAUGCGACAGGGGGGGCCCGGCCCGACCCUCGAGGCUUUCCGGGCCAAGUCUCCGCCAAUGACACCACCACUCUGCUCCUGCCCAACAGCUCACAGGCACUGUUGCUGGGCUGGGUGCCCACGUGCCUUGUGCCCGCCAUCUACACGGUGGCUUUAGUGCUGGGCCUGCCGGCCAACGGGUUGGCGCUUUGGGUGCUGGCCACUCGGGUGCCCCGCCUGCCCUCCACACUGCUGCUCAUGAACCUGGCGGCCGCUGACCUGAUGCUGGGCCUGGCGCUGCCGCCGCGCAUCGCCUACCAUCUACGCGGCCAGCGCUGGCCCUUCGGCGAGACCGCCUGCCGCCUGGCCACCAGCGCGCUCUACGGCCACAUGUACUGCUCGCUGCUGCUGCUGGCCGCCGUCGCGCUGGACCGCUACCUGGCCGUGGUGCACCCGCUGCGCGCGCCGCCGCUGCUGGCGGUGACGCUGUGCUACGGCGCCAUGCUGCGCGCGCUGGCCGCCAGCGGCCGGCAACACAGCCUCGCGCUGCGCCUGGCCGCCCUAGUGCUGGCCUCGGCGCUGGCCUUCUUCGUGCCCAGCAACGUGCUGCUGCUGCUGCACUACUCCGACCCCCGGCCGGGCGCGCGCGGCGACCUCUACGCCGCCUACCUGCCCAGCCUGGCGCUCAGCACCCUCAACAGCUGCGUGGACCCCUUCAUCUACUACUACGUGUCCGCCGACUUUCGGGAGAAGGUGCGCCGCGCGCUCGGCCGCCCCGCGCAGGGACUCGCGGGCCACACCUCCAAGGCCUCGGGGGAGGGGGCCGGCGCGGGGUCCCACACCCGCUCCACCUCGCAGGUGUGA